AAACAAAGCAAAAAAGUCGAGGGAAAAAGAAAGAGGCUUCUGUAAUUCAUGUGCCCCUUAGUGUCUGCGGGGCAAGAUGAGUACGGACAGACCCAAACGGAAUAUCAUCAAGAAAAAAUAUCCAUGAAUGGUCAGGUUCCUGCCUCUAUCUGUGAUCUGCUUACUCCUCCCUAUGUGCCUGAUUGCUGCUUGAGAUCCUCUGGCAGGUCCCUACUAAUGGUUCCAAAAUCUCGACUUGUCACUAAAGGACAUCAGUGACGGGAUGCCAUGGUGUGAAGAACGUCUGGUCCGAAAAGUUCUUUUCCUCUCCCUCAGGGAAUUCAGAGACACCCACCGUGCCACACACAAACACUCACACACACGUGCGCGCGCACACAAACGCAUGUCAAAAAAUGCACUCUUACAUGCUCCACGAAAGACACUGACACUACCUAACACACACGCACACAAAAACUCACGCACAAGACAGAGUGUGCACACGCCACAACAAAGAGUCACACACAGACCACCGAAUACAUAUGCACAGAAAAACAUACCCAGUGAACAAAAUAUGCACAUUUCAAAAAAUCUACGCCCUCAUGAACACACAAACAAGGGGCAAAAAGCGAACUCUCAGGACUCAUGCACACCAAAACAUAAAUGUACCCAUACACUACAGAACAUGCAAACACAAUCAAAAAUGUGUACAGGGAAAAUUACACACCCACAACAAAAUACAUACACGUCCCAGAAGAAUUCUGUAUCAACCAGGACACUACGCUCACAUAAAACACAAAAAACACUGUCGCUGCUGAACUCAAAAUACACAGAAACUGCAAAACACACACAUAGUACAUGCAAACAAGCAGUGAAAAAUACCUGCACACCUGAAAACACACAGACGUUGCUGAGCACUCCGGUCCCGGCCAGGACACUGAGGUCACACACCCCCACAAGCCUCAGUGGUAGUCUGUCCGUCCCAUUCUCGUGAAUGCGAUAUCUCAGCAAUGCCUUCAGGCUCCCUAGUUAAUGGCAUCAGCCGGUGUCAGUCCCAUAAACUAUCAGCUAGUCCGAGCUGGAGCUGGUCCUUACAGACAUGCCCUCAACAGCGUCGCCCUGCUAGCAUCCAUCAUGACAAGGAUGGCCCUGCCAACAAAAGACCAAGGCUGCAAGCACAGAGGAAGUUUGCCCAGUCUCCCAGCUCUCCAAGACCAUCAGUGUUGAUGACAUCAACACGAGGUAAUCACACCCACAACCUGGCUGUAGUCACCUGUCUGACCAGACGUCGACCCAAGACUGAGGACUUCUUGUCUUUUCUCUGUUUGAGAGGUUCAGCAGCGUUGCCUAGCAACAUGGCCUUCUUAGCAAGUGGACGAGCAAAGGAGCCAACUGGCACUCAGCAUCUCACUUCCUGUCUUUCCACCAAUCACAGGACUGCAGCAGAGCUGAAGAACAUGAGCAUAUUCAGUGGGACAACAGUGCAGCGAGACUCUAGGUCUCUGAGAGGGAGGCAUGGAAGUUCUACAGGGGUCAGCUCCUUCUGCCCUCUAACUGCCCGGGCACAGAGGAGGAGGGAGAGAGAGAGAAGAGAGGAGGAACAGCAGAGGAGGAGGAGAGAGGGAAGGGAGGAGGACAGGCGAGAGGGAGCUGAGAGACACCUCCUGAGACCUCGCCAGCUCUCCCUACAGGUUGCCAUGGUGAAUGGAUUCUCUGAACAAAGAACCUCCUGUGUCAGGUCAGUCCCUCCCUUAAAGCCUAGCACAGGGGUUGGCAGCAGACGAUCCCGACAUAGCAACCACCAGCUGCCUCGCAAUCAGCACCUUCCUCUCCACCACCGAACAGUCUCUAACUAUUAUAGCAACCCCAAGACCUUCAAUAAUCUCCAGAACUCAGGAAGAAAUUCAAGCAGGACUCCAGCUCAAACACCAUUGACUAAUGGCUCAGUCAUCAGACAGCUAAGUGAUAACCCUGGGGUCCUGAGGUUGUCCAGAAGGAGGAGAGGCCUCCCACCAGACACCAGCCCUACCCCUCUGAAUCCCAUUCCUUUGGACAACAACUCAUCAAAGAAGUGCAGGACACUGCAAUACAGUGAUGGUGAUGUCCCAUUGGAGAGUGACUGCCAAAUUGGCAAGAUCCCACAGAUGGAGGUCAACUGUGAUAAAGAUGUUAGAGAGGAGUAUGUGAGCCAUAUGGGUAAAAUCACUGUUAGCAAUGAUGGAGAACUUAGACAAGACAGAUGUGGCCAUGUUGGAAAGAUGAUACAAGAGAGGAGCGCUUGUAUUAGUGAAGAUCUACAGGACAAGGUAAAUGUUGGAAAGUUAAGUUUGGCGAGCAUUACUGCUCUGGAGUCCUCUCAAGAAAGGGUCAACUUUACCAACAUCAUCACAAACUAUGACCUCAGCCCUGUCAGUGAGGUCAUAUGCAGACAUGAUAGAGAAAAAAGGCUCCAGAAAAAUCGGCCUGCUUCAUCCACAAUCCCUAAGCCAAUUACCAGGACUACUGAUUCUAGGACUGUUGCCAGAGCUGCUACUGCUAGGACUACUGUAAUUAAAGCUCCUAUCAACUCAAUGACAUCUACACAUGUACACAGUGACCCACCAGCCAGUUAUUCUGCCAAGCACACUGCUAAGGGUACUAACAAAGGUACUAGCAAGGACAUUACGAAGUGUACUUCACCAACCAGCAGUUACUUUAUCCAUAAUUCCAAAGGUGCUGCAAAAGACUCUUCCAAGGGUACCACAGAGGACUCGACAGAGGACAGUGCAUCUGUCAGUAGCUAUUCUAGAACUUCCAAGGGCUCUAUAAAGGGCCUUACACAGACCAAGUCUACUACCUCAGCCAUUAAGACCAGGACCAGCCCUAGAAUCCUUCUGAAGCACUAAUAAACACCUGAGCUACUGCACAUCUGAAAACAUUCACAGAUUCACUGUUCGCUAUAUGGAGAAUUAAUGUUGAAGACAAUUAGCGAAAUAUUUAAAACAACAUUGGAUACUGUUGAUCAUAGGCAAUGCAUGAUGAUGGUGGUGGUGAUGAUGGUUGUUGGUUGGUUGGAUAGUGACGUGGUGGCUGUGUACUGUUCUCUACAUUUGUAAGUGAUUGUGGGAUAAUUUUAAUUCUGUGUAAGUAAAAUAAUUAAUUGGAAGAGACAGCAUAAUGGCAGAUACGUUAGUCAUAUAGUGGACUGUAUAGUGAAAAGUCACUGAUUUCGGAUACUUCCCUGCUGUAUCUGAAAUAGUAGCUUAGUUUGAUAUUUUUGUAUCAUUAUAUUCACAUGGAAAGGGCACUGGUUUUAUCAAAGCACAUAGUUUAACUUGAGUCAGUCUGCUAAACAGUUUUCAAUAGCUUACCUAGAGAAAUCUGUCAUGCAUAUGGUUACAUGCCAUUGCUCUGGGGCUUUUUGAAACUCAGGUUACAAUACAGUCCUUAGAAUCAACCUACCAACUACCAUUUCAUUUAAACAGGAAUAAUCUGUUCAAGGUUGUCAAGAUCAUUAAAAAAGUCCUUAGGGUUUCUCACCUAAAAUCCUCACCAGAAUCAAAGGAUAGGUUCACAUUUUUUCAAGUCACUCCUAAAACAAUAGUCAAGUGCUCAUAUGAACAAUGGCACAGAUUUUACUUGCUGUAAUCGUUCCUCCUAUUGACCUGCAUUACGUCCACCACAACCAGUUGUCUGUGUAAGAUCAGCUGCACAGUCACCAGCCAACUGUGUUCACCAGCUUGUGUAAUAUCAGAAGGACCUUACAAUCUACUGGUCUGUUCAGUGGACAAAAAUUGUUUUCAAGUAGGUUACUUGCAAAGUAUACAUAAACAAAACUGGUUUUGUUUUUAUUUACUGAUUUAUAAAGGGCCUGAGCACGAAAGUGCCAGGACCAACGGCUCCAGGCACUGAAAGUGCAAGGAACCUAUUGUUUCUGUAGAGAUUAUCAUUAUUACUAUUAUUAUUAUUAUUAUUAUUAUUGUUAUUAUUCUGCUCUUCAAAUGCAUUUUUGAGGGGUUAGCAUGCUUAAAAACUCUUGAAAUUUCUAAAACGUUAUGCAGUGAUUGGACUCUGGCAUGGCCAGGGGGCCCCCAAAUGCACGCCAUGAUUGCGAUAAAGUUGCUUUGAUCUUCACAAAAUUUUGGGGGAUCAUUGCUCCCAUCAUAAAGAACAUAUUUCAGUUUCUUUGGAGAGAGUUUGCCCAACAGGAAGUCAGCCAUUUUGGAUUUCUUGCGUCAAUUUCAAUUCAACACGUUUGAGGCCUUUAGAAUGCUCAAAAAGUCCUGAACUGGUAAAUACUUUAAUUUGAUGUCACUUUUGGGCUUGAGGGCAGCACGUCGGCUGUAUCGUGCCCCCUAAUGACUUUUAGCCUUCAAAACAGUUAGGGAUAGCUGAAAACUCACGAAACUUGACACACACAUCAGAAGGUGGUGUACUUUGUUUUCUGGUAUAGUCUGGGGCUUGGGUGUGGCAAAAUGGCUCGAUAGUGCCCCCUACAAAAUUUCAGUGAAGCAGCCCCCGUAGUACUUUUCACCUAGAUGUACAACAUUUGGGAGCCUCUUAGAGCCAUACCCUAAAGCCAACAGGAAGUCAGCCAUUUUGAAUUUAACAUGCCAUUUUUCGCCAUUUUCAGGCUCCAUACUACAUAACAAACUCCUCCUAGAGAAUUAAUCGGAUCAACGUCAAAUUUGGGCUAUGCAAUCUAAAGACCUUUGCGAUACUAAAUUGCAAAGCUUCUUCUCAAACAGCAUUGCCAUGGUGAUACAGCAAACUUUGAAUGAAUUUUAGCAAUUCUUUUUUUUUUUUACCUUCUCCUAAGGAAAUAAUCUGAUCAACUUCAAAUUUGGACAGUGUAAUCUUAAAACCAUUGCAACACUAAAUUGCAAAGCCUGUGUUCCAAGUGUGUUCCUGUGUUCCGGUAGAACCCUAUUGAGUUUGUGCCGGUUUAUUAUUAGGGUUCAAACCACAAAGUGGUAGAACCCCAUUGAGUUCAUGCCGGUUUAUUAUUAUUAGUAGUAGUAGUAUUAUUAUUACUUCUCUGCCAUAUUGGCUCAAAUUGCUGUGAGCUGAAAUGAGCUAGAAGCAUGAAACUUAGCCCAAUAACUGGAAAUGACAUGCAUGUGCUUCCAAAGAAAUAUGAACCCAAUCAGCCACAAGGUGGCACUGUAAUUAAAGCUCAGAAUUCAUAAGUCCCACUCAACGUGCCCUACAAAAAAGCCUCUUGGACCAUAAAAGACCGCAAUGAUGGAUUUUUUGCUAAUUACAAGGACAUUGACAGUACUAAAAAACAGUAAAGUGAAAUCUACUUUUUGAAUUUUGACUAUCAACACCAAAUUUUGGAUACAGCAUUGAAAUACUGAGGUACACAUUUUAUUACAAAUGAGCAAGAUCGUUCAAAAAACAUGGCCAUCAAUCAAAGUAUCUUCGCAAAAGGCGAGGCUUAGCAGAAAACUGGCCAUAACUCAUUAACAAUUUGUUCAUCGUCUAUUCAUCACAAAUCUUGGGCAAUAUCUUCAGUCCAUGUUUGGGAAUAGGCGUGCCAAAGCAUUUUGAGCUUGACCCAUAGGGGGCACCACAUAUGCCAAAACACUGUACCUCAAAACCCGGUUUACAGAAUUUCACCAAAUUUGGUGUGCAUGCUAUGAGGAUAAGUGUUAAAAAUCUGAAGUUUCAUAUUGAUUGGUGGGAGUGGGCAUAGCCUAUUACAUAUUUCCACAUAACUCAAAAUGCCUUUGUGCAAUCCUGAUUAAACUUACCGUAGACAUCCCGAAGGGGGGCGAAUGGCGGAACUUUGAGUGCGCAAUUAUUGAAACGCUGCAGGCUUUGUGAUGAUGGAACAAGUGUGUGAUUGGUCUCACUCCUUUCAAACUGAAUUAAGAAAUCCCAUUGCCACCUGCUGCUAUAUUUAAGGUUCAAUCCACAAAGCGGUAGAACCCUGUUGAGUUUGUGUCUGUUUUAAACACAUGUUUGAGCCUUUUAGGAUGCUCAAAAAGUCACCUAACUUUGUAUCCAGACUUGAACUGGUAAAUACUUCAAUUUGAUGUUACUUUUGACCUUGACCUUGCAUGUCAGCUCUAUAGCUCCCCCUAAUGACGUUUAGCCUUCAAAACAGCUAGGGAUAGCUGAAAACUCACGAAACUUGUCACACACAUCAGAAGGGGUGUAUUUUGUUUUCUGGUAUAGUCUGGAGCUUGGGUGUGGCAAAAUGGCUCGAUUGCACCCCUACAAAAUAUCAACGAAGCAGUCCCCGUGGUACGUUACACCUAGAUGUAUGAAAUUUGGGAGGCAGAUGUAUCAUCUCUAGAAUUUAUUAAAACAUUUUUUUUAAAAAAGCCUCUUGGAGACAUACCAUAAACCCAACAGGAAGUCAGCCAUUUUGAAUUUAACGUGCCAUUUUUCGCAAUUUACAGGCUCUGCACUUUAACGAAGAUGAUGCUAAAUUGCAAAGUUUGAGGUUUUAUCAAACGGCGUUGCAGUUGCUGUGCGGCAAAUUCUGAUAGUCCAGUGUUUCGAAAUGAGUGUGCUACCUUGUUUCAAAAUUAGUAACUGUGCUAUCUCAGCUCUAUAUCAUCAGAUUUUUUUUCCAAAUUUCACAUGUUUGAUAAGAGUCCCGGGCUGAGGACAUUUACAGGUUAUAUUGUGUGAUCUACACUUGAUAUAUGGCAACAUCAUGUAUGAUUUGUGCGCGUUCUCCACCACCACACAGUGGCCCAAUGGUCAUGAAGAUUCAAAGCGGUGUCAGACAGCCUCUGGUGACAAUAUUGCAGCUGUCACUCCCCCCAAGGUGCGCGUAGAGGCAAGGGCCCGUUCAACACUGCUUGCAGCUUUAAUUAUUAUAUGUUGAAACUGAAGGAAUUCUUUUUCAUUGUUUUUCUUUCCCCCCCAAAUGAAUCGCAUAUUUGAGGGCCUAAAUGUGCUUAAAAACUCAUGAAACUUUGCACACUUGAUGUUUUGCCAAGAAACAGGAAGUGUUUGUAACUUGAGUACAUGGUCACAUCUGCCCCAAACUUGACAUGUUUGAUAUGAGUAGCCUGAAGACAGCUACAUGCCAAUAUUCAGUCAUAGGCAUAGUGCCACCUACUGGCAACAGGAAAUUACAUGUUUUAUACUUUGAUGUACUCCUCCUUGCUGGUUGGCCAGAUCCACCUUAUAUGUAGUCAGCAAAGUCUUAAGACCUUAAUGAUGCUAAAUCGUGAAGCUUGUGAGUUUUCAUCAAACAGCAUUGCCAUGAUGGCUCAUUUUUUGCCGUGAAACAGGAAGUUGUUGUAACUUGAGUGUACAUUGUCUGAUCUGCCCAAAAUGUUUGAUAAGAGUCUCAGCCUGAGGACUUCUACAUGCAAGUAUUGAGUUAUAGUCAUGUCACCUACUGGCAACAGGAAGCAAGCCAUGUGUGGCAAUCAUCAUCUGAUCUACAUGAAAUUUAUAUUGUGUGGUCUAAACUUGGAAUACAGCAACCUCUGUUGAUGUGUCAAACAGGGUUGCCAUGGCAGACGUGUGACGCCAUGCCAAACAGAAUGUGGGAAUAACUCAGUAAUAUUUCAACCGAUCUGCCUCAAACUUCAUAUGGUUAUUGAUGGACCACUCCCGGUAACAACUAUGUGACAUUCAUGAGUCAUAGCGCGACAGACAGGACAGGGGAAGCAAGCCACAUGUGACAAACAUCAUUUGAUAUACAUGAAAUUUACAUUGUGUGGUCUACACUUGAUAUAUGGCAACAUCAUAUAUGAUUAGUGCAUGUUCUAUAGCGCCACAUAGUGGACACAGGACGUGACUCUUUCGCGCAGUGCCCGAUGUGUCUCGCUGACUGAGAGAAAAGCCACCUUGGGAAACAGAAAUGGACUCUGCUGCACUUUUUUUUUUUUUUUUUUAACAAAACCUUGCAAUCGAAAUAAUUUUUAAGUUGCAGUAAUCACAUGAUAUUUCUAGACAUAGGGGCUUUAAAUAAAUAAUUGACGAAUGCAUUUGUAAAUUAGUUAAUUAUACUGUCCAUAUUUCAGCUGAUAUAUUUUAUCAGUCUAAAUCACAGGUCAGUGUGUUAAUUUAUGGCCAACACAUGUUAAACUACAUUAUGAAUAAAGGCAUGAAUCAAUUUCAUAUUAUGACCCGUCUCAGCUGUGGAACUUUAAUAAACCAACUACUGACAUUAUUUAUUAAUGUUAGUGUCUGGUUUAUAGAAGAAGUGCAGAAAACUGCACUCACUACAACUCAUUUUAAAAUAUAUUUAUCCUUUAUUCAUAGAUUUUACUUUCAUUGCUCUUUUCACAUAUAUAUGUGAAGCAUUGCUUAAUGGUUCCACAACGCUGACCCAUCAGGGUGGUCUUCCACAAAGCAUAAAAUGUAUUGUUUACUACAAUUAUUAUGGAAUGAAAAUCUCUCCUUUUUAAGUGUUUAAUGCUUUCUGCUAUGCAAAGUACCCUGAACUCAUCAUUGAUCAUUAAUUAUACAGCUAGCUAUCACAUUGGCACACAAUGCUAAGUAGCUAUAGACAAACUAUAAACAGGAAAUCACUGCAGACAGUUGGAAAAUAUGGCUUCCUGAUACAGGAUUGACUGCAUAUGACUUGUGAUUACCAGUUUAUUGAAAAACCCACUUAUUCUCACUCACAUAUACCAACAAGGGGUGUUUCAUUAAGGAUCCUUACACCUUGUAGGGGUAGAGCCACAAAUAAAAGUGAGCUUCAGCCAUUCUUCUUUAACAACUAAAUGGCCUUGUUUGUUUUUAACCUGAUAACAUUUCAAUGGCCCUACUGUUAAGUACACAACUAUGCUAUGUACACAACUGCUACAUUUUGAGAUACAGUCACAACAGCAGGAACAAGCAACGCCUCUAUCAAACCAACAACAAACAAACAACAAAAUAGUAAUUCACUGAUCAAUAAUAUUCCGCCAAAAAACGGUCUUGUUACAUUGGCAAAGGCCCACACGAUCCAAUCCAGUAAAAUAUUCAGUCCAAAACACAUUACAUCAAUAAAUACAUCUGCGGCUAAUCUGAAAAGAUGCAACAGCAGUCCGUGGGUGUCUAAUCUUCCACAUUUUUUCCGUCAUAACUCUAGUUCGGAUGUAAACAUUUCCAAUAGCUUGGUAAAAAAAAAAUAGUGGCUGCACUCUGACCUUUCGAUUGACACCUCACCCAAUAGGAGCUUACAUGUCCUGUCCACAGCCUACAAUAGCCAACGAGAGUCUUCGGUGAAAAGAAGUGCCUGCCCCUCUUCUUUCAUGUAGAGACUGAGCCAAUUGCAACCGAUUGUGCUGAUGACUGGCACUUUGUAUAGCCAAUGAAAUUCUGAAAACAAGGAUAUGCUGAUUCAGUGGGUUGGUCUAAAGCCACAUGCAGGAAAUCCUUGCGUAAAGCGAAAUGCCUGCUGCCUGUUUUUGUCUGCAUCCGCAGUAACUUUGGUUUCAGAACAUUUUUGGAGUUUAGCACCUAGACCCUUAGGAAACCAUGUAAAAUAUCAGUUUUUGUGGUAUUGUUAUCAAAUUUGAGUUUGGACUAGGUAAGUUUUGUGUUUUUCAGCUAAUAAGUCCCAGAUAGUCAUCUGUGGGCAUCUGUUUGCAAAAAAAAUAAUAAAAAUUCUGGCGUAAAUAAAAACCUUUUUCCGUGUGUUCAAACUUACUUAAAUUACUCACUGCCAGUAGCAUUUACAGUGAUUCAGACUGUUGGGGGUAAAAACUUCAGAGCGUUACCUUUCAAAAGAGACCAAGACGGUUUAUGUAGUCCAAAUAGUUCAAGAAUGGGUUUCAAUUUAGUAUGGGUAUACCUUGAGUAGGCAUUUUAGGCUAAUUUUACAUGAAUUCUAACAGGUUUUAAGAGGUGGAGUACCACUUUAUUGAGCAUCUCCCACUAUUCAUGUAGCUGCCUUGAAAAUAUUUAAGCACAAAAAUGUGCAAUAUAUUUGUGCUCCUCGCAGAUACUGACAUUUCAUGGGGACUGUUUCAUUUGUUUUCUACUUUUUCAUCUAUUUUCUCAACAGCCAUGGAUCUUGCUGAUUUGAUCAGUGAAAGAGUUCUCCAACUGAGAGAGAUACAGUAGGUCGUAACAAAACAAAUGAAUUCAUAUUGUUAUUCCUGACUGAAUGUAUGUUAUUUCUUGUUGAUUAAUGCAACUUUAAAGUGUUAUCGAAGUUGUUGUUUAUCAAUUGUGUUGUUAAUUGUUUUGUUUUGUUAUAUAUCUGUCUGUCACUAUGUAUUCAGGGUUUUUUUGUAAGGUGAACAAACUCUUUCAGCCCCAAGGGAAUAUGAUAACAUUUGACACAUGAAAAGACAUAUUUGUGCAGUGACAUCUAAGGUAUCUGUAAAAAGUCAGUAUAAAUGUGAAUGAUUUGAAUGAGAAUUUGCAAUAAAAUCAUUUUGAAUAUU